AUGGCUGAACGUUUAACAGUUGAAUUUUGUAAAAUAACAAGACGUGAAUUAGCAAAUAUAAUGCUCAAACGUAAAAAUGAAAUUGAUGUUAAAUUAUUACGAUUUGCUAUUGAAAAAACUGUUGGAUUUGAAAUCAUUGUUGAAAAACGUUUUCAGGGAAAUACACUUGAUCAUGCAAAUAAUCCAAUAACUAGUCAUCUUAAUGUUAAAGUAACAAAUACUAAUGGAAAUGAUGAUUUAAAUUUAACAACAAAUCUUAAACCAAAAUCAUCACCAUUUCAAGGAAUAAUAUCUCAAUGUUUCGAAGAUCAUCUAGAUAUUUACAUAGCUGAAUUAGAUCGGUGUUUGGAUGAUCAAAUUCAAAAAUUUGUUGAUGAACUUAAAAAAGAUGGUUAUCCUAAAUUUGAAGGUAGUGAAGAUACAAGCAAUGUUGUACCAACAAGUGCAGAUUUAUUUGUUUAUUUUCGUAAUUGUCUUGUACAAUGUUCAAAAUUAAGUACUGGACAAUCAUUAUUAUUACUUGUUCAAACAUUUCAAAAAUAUCUUCGAGAAUAUGCUAAUCGAAUAUUAACAGCUAAUUUACCAAAAACAAAUACAACAGCAUCAUCUUUAGUUGGUACGACAAGAAUAUUUAUACAAAAUUUACCAAAUAUUCCAUCAAUGUUAAAAGAAGGUGAAACAAUAGCUAAAUUAAAUGAAUCAGAGAUAUAUAAAAGGAAAGAAAAAAUAACCAAAUCAUUAGUUGAUAAAAUUUCAUUUGAAUCAGAAAGAAAUAUUUUUAAAGCAAUUAUUGCUGAAUCUAUUCAAAUACUUAUUCAAGAUCUUGAAAAUGCUUGUGAAUCAGCAUUAACAGCAAUGACUAAGUUAUCAUGGCAAACUAUUGAAACGGUUGGUGAUCAAUCAUUAUAUGUAACAACAAUUAUUAAUCAUUUAAAAACAAUUGCUCCUGCUAUACGUAAUCAUUUGGGAUUGUCAAGAAAAUAUUUUAUACAAUUUUGUACAACAUUUGUUGAUUCGUUUAUUAAAAAGUUUAUUAAUCAUUUAUAUCGUUGUAAACCAAUAAAUAUCAUUGGUGCUGAACAAGUUUUACUUGAUACACAUUCAUUAAAAACAGUUCUUCUUGAUUUACCAUCGAUUAAUUUAACUGUUUCACGAAAACCACCACAAAAUUUUACAAAAAUUAUUCUAAAAAAUAUGACACGUGCUGAAAUGAUCUUAAAAGUCGUUCUAACACCAAAUGAUUUUGCUAGACAAUUUGUUAAAAGUUAUUUACAAUUAAUGAAUAAUGAUGGAGAUAUAAGUUCUUUUCAAAAAAUACUUGAUAUGAAAGGAAUUCGAAGACCUGAACAAGCUCAUUUAAUAGAACGUCUUAAAAGAGAACAUGCAACAAUAAUUGCUAGUCAUCAACAGCAAAUACAACAACAUAUUAUUAUAUUUCGUUUAAUUUCUUGGUUUAUUAUACGAACAUAUUUUAUUGCUGAUGAAUAUUGGCAAACAUUUGAAAUAGCACAUUUACUUGCCUUUGGUUAUGGUUAUAAAACAUGGGAAUGGAAAUCAAAUAUUCCUAUAAGAAGUUAUCUUUAUCCAUUUAUUAUUUUAUUAAUCUAUCGAUUUUUAACUCUAUUUCAUCUUGAUACUGUAUCAAUAUUAGUUAAUUCAGUAACAUUAUUUCAAACAUUAUUGGUUAUUAUUGGUGAUUUAGUUUAUUUAAAAUUUCUUCAAGGUCAUAAAUUAAUUUUUUUGAUUCUUUUAUGUCGAUUUACAUGUUGGUAUACAAUGUAUUCAUCACCAAGAUUAAUUAUUAAUAAUUUAGAAGAAAUACUUUUUAUAUGUAGUCUUGCUGCUGCUAAAAAUUAA